GGUGGCAGGUGACAGUCAUUUCAAUUCCGCUACGAGGUUAUUUUGGGUAUAGGAUUUUCUCGCGUCGUAAAAACUAUGAUGCCGGUAAUCAAACAAAUUGGGUUCUCAUCAAAAUUCACGGGGGUCAAAGUCUUUGUUUGCGAAUUUGAAUACAUUCGCCGGCCGUUUGACAGCAAGCGAUUCUUCACGAAAAAUCGGAAACUUUUAUAAAGAUCUCCGGCGUUCUUCUUGGAAACCUCUACCUCUGUCUCGUUUUUACGCGAGACGGGUUCCAUCGCUUCUUCUCUCCCCUCUUAAAAAAAAAAACGUAACAAACCAGUUGAUACCUGAGAUAGAUAGAUACAGCUCCAGAGAUGGCGAUGAUUACUGAUUCUUUGGAACGAUCUCUCCGAAACUGUUCGCUGAAUAAUGACGAAGGCGGCGCAGGCGCUGGUGACGGACUGAACAGGCCAGCGGCUUCGGAUAAUCCGAAGAUAUAUGGCGACACCAGUAUAGAACUUAAUUCACACGUAGCUCUUCCUUAUCAAUGGCAACAAUGUCUCGAUUUAAAGACGGGUGAGAUUUAUUAUAUAAACUGGCGGAACGGAACUAAAGAAAAAAAUGAUCCACGGAAAACGGCAACGAUUGAUGAGAACUACUACUCCUUGGAGGAACAGGAGGAGGAGGAGGAAGAGGAAGAAGAAGAAGAAGAAGAAGAAGAAGAAGAAGAAGAAGAUAGAUUGUAUGACAGCGAGGAUUCCUACUCUGAUUCUUCUCUCCCAUGGAGGAACGAUUAUCGGAACGAAGGCGAUCAUGUCCUCGUCGUCACUGGUUGUAAGAGGUGUCUUCUAUAUUUCAUGGUGCCAAAAGAGGUAGAAGAAUGUCCCAGGUGCAGCGGUCUUCUUCUACACUUCGAUCAAAAUGACAAUGAGUCCCCGUAAAACUCGCUUUUGUUUAUUCUUUCUUUGGUUUCUCGGUGUCUUGAAAGUUGAAACAUUUGUCGGUGUGGACUGGUUAAACGAAACAAAUGAGCUCGUUAGCGUUUUA